UAAAACCCCUCCAGAAUAUAUUAAAGCCACACUUCCUUUUGGGCUCUCCUCCGAGCUCACUCCCUCUUCCUCCGCACUGCCUCAGACACAGAGAGAGAGAGUGCAGAUGGGUCCUUGGACCUUCGCCCUUCCUCCUUUCCGCCAUUGACGACAUCUUCGUCUUCUUGACGAUGAAGUGAUGAAAGCAGAGCCCAUCAGCACUCUUCUUCUCCUAGGAAGAUGGCUCAUCAGUACGAGCAAGACCCAGAACCCAACAACCCGCAUCCCGCAUUCCUCUUCGACGCCCUGUACUGCUCCGAGCAGCACUGGGAGCUUCACCCCGAGCAAGAUCAGGACCAGGAAGAAUGUUUCUCCUCCUCCUCCGACGACUACUUCGGUGACCCGCCAUUGACGCCGCUCGAGCAGGACCUUUUCUGGGACGACGAGGAGCUCGUCUCCCUGUCGUCCAAGGAAGCCAAGAACCCACUUCGCGAGAGCCUGGCAGCUGACCCGGGACUGGAGGUUGCCCGGGCCGAGGCGGCGGAGUGGAUCCUGGCGGCGCAGGCCCACCACGGGUUCUCCGCCCCCACGGCGGUCCUUGCAGUCAACUACCUGGACCGGUUCCUCUGCAGCUUCCGCCUGGAGACGGAUAAGCCCUGGAUGACCCAGCUCACCGCCGUGGCCUGCCUCUCUCUCGCCGCCAAGGUCGAGGAGACCCAAGUGCCCCUCCUCCUGGACCUCCAGGUGGAGGAGACGAGGUUCGUGUUCGAGGCGAAGACGAUACAGAGGAUGGAGCUGUUGGUGCUGUCUGCACUCGAGUGGAAGAUGAAUCCGGUGACCCCAAUUUCGUUUCUUGAUUAUUUUGCAAGGAGGCUAAGAUUGAAGGACAAUCUCUGCUGGGAAUUUCUCAGGAGAUCUGAACUGAUCCUCCUCUCUUUAAUCUCAGACUGCAGAUCCAUGAGCUACCUUCCCUCUGUCAUGGCCACUGCUGUAAUGCUGCACGUAGUCAACAGUGUAGAUCUUUGUCUCGGAGUAGAGGACCAAUCCCAGCUGCUGGACAUACUCGAUAUCGAAAAGGACAAGGUAGAUGCGUGCCGGAAGCUGGUCUCGGAGCAUGCCUUGCGAAUCAGGCAAUCGAGAAAACGGAAGUUCGGAUCUGGAUCCGCGCCUGGGAGCCCCAACACGGUGCUCGAGAUGUGCUUCAGCCCGGAGAGCUCGAAUGACUCGUGGGCAGUGAUGGAAUCUGAGUCCAAGAAGAGGAGGGCUGAGGCGGAGGCUUGAGAACGAACUCAUCCUCAGCUGCUGCAUUUCUCCUCUCUACUGGUUCAACCUUCAUCUACAUCAAUCGUGGUCGAGCCUUACUAUAUAUAUAUAUAUAGCGAUAUAAUCAAUAAAUAUAUACGUCGAAUUCGGAGUUAAAUUGCCUCCUAUCUCUGUUAAUUCCCAGCCUUAAGAGGCCAAUUUGGCAAGGCAUAGCGAGUUGGGGGAAUCGGGUAAUUCGGGGAUCAAUUUGUUUAAUUUGUUGGCCGGGAGAUUUGAGAUUAAAUUGGGAAUGUAGAGAGAUGAUUGGCAUUUUUAUUAGCAAUGAAGAGAACUGAAGCAGAGCUGUAGUACUACUGGAUUUGAUUUGAUUUUUAGCAUCUCAUCAUCAGUACAAAAAAAAAAAAAAA